AAAAAGGCGGAGCGAAAAGAAUAUUUACUAACAUGAUCAAUGGAGCAUUCAGACACGUGUUGUGUACAUUGUACGCAUGUUUUCAAUGUAGAAAAUCUUAAAGAGGAACGAAGAAGAAGUGUAGGAAAACAACAUAAAGACGUUGAUCUCAUUAAAACAUUAGCCUUCUGUUACGAAGUAGACGAGGUGAAGCUCAGGAAUGCAAUCGGAUAUGAUGACACAAGUUUUUUCGUUUGCAGUCAGUGUUUUAACAGUUUGAAAGCCACUUAUGUGAGUUUAAACAAAUGUAGAAACUUAUGUGAAAAAUUAAAAACAUCCACAUCAACAAGUUUUAUCAAUUUGAGAACAAAUUUGUCGGUCAGUAGAGAAGAAUGUGAUGCUGAUGAUCAGAUACAUGUAGAUACAGAACCACCACUUCCAUCUCUAACCCCAGCUUUAGCAUGUUUAGGUUCAACAGCAAGGAAGAGGCAACGAAAUAUUUUCACUCCAUCAAAGUCUGGUUGUACACCAAAAGCAAAAACAAAAGCAUCAACAAAGACCCCAAAGAAGAAUAGGAGGAGGCUCCAGUUUACAUCUACAUGCAAACCUCAAGAUGAGAAACCAACACCACAAGUUACACAGUCACCUGGUCCUAAAGUUAAGGUACAUUUACAGUUUAAGGGCAGUUCAAGAAAAACAGACUUGAAAGGACCCGGGAAAUUAGCAUGUCGUUCCAUUGUUCAAAAGCAAUACAAAACUGCACUAAAUCAUCUGUUGACGAUAGAAGAUGCAAAAAAAGAACUUGUCAAUACUGUCAUGAAGAAUAUUUCACAAGAGGUGCAGGCAUUGUGUAAAAACAAAGAAUCAACUUUCAGGGGAAGCAACAUUUCACGAUUUUCAUGGAAGUCAGCCAAUAAAGAGUUGGAAAGAAACUGUCCACUAACACUUGAAAUCCUUAAGAUAGUUGCUGGCAGCUUUAAAAAGAAAAAAGAAACGCCAAGAGUGGUUUCCAGUAUGGCAAUUUUACUGUUCAACAGAAACCAUCAGAUGAAUGCUGUCCAGUCCAUAAAUAGUGUAUUUAUGUUUAGAGGACAUGUUAGGACAAGGGUGUACAGUACGUUUAACAGAGCAGGCUUUUCCACCUCUUACAAGUCAACACUAAGUCGGAUAGAUCAGAUAUGUGAAUCCUUUGAUAUCCCUGUUAAGAACUGGGCAAAGGCAGUUUCUGAACAACACAAUCAGGACACUAGCAGUACAGACAUAUCAUCAAGUGAUCACUGUUAUGCACAAACAGUUGAAAGAGACAACGAGCUAGUGACUCCAAGUACACCAUUUACAUGCAGUGAGGAAUCACCAGUUAUCUACAUAGCCGAACCAAUUUCAACCUCUGCAGCUUCUGACAGCGACGUACAAAUGGAUACAUCCUUACAGAAAACUCCAGGAAAUUAUAUACUCCAGGACAACACUAGUCCAGAUAUGGAUUCACCAUUUACUACAACUGCAGAUGAAGCAAUUUCUGGAAACACCUCCUUUGAAAUAGUUAUGGACAACUUAAAUUGUCGACAGAAGACUAGACAUAAAACACUUGAAACCAGUAACAAAACUCACAAUCUUGUCCAUUCAAUAGCAGUUCAACAUAGAAUUACGGACAUCACCAAAGACGCUCUCCAUCCCCAAGCAGACAUUUUGUCUAUUCACAAUGAAGCCUUUAUACCAAAUCAUGAAGACUAUGAAGCUUUGCAUUCCAAUUUCAGAAUAUUGAUCAAAAGAGCAUUAGUUGAAUUUGUACCUACACUUAAAGAUAGCCAAGAUUUAGUUGAGUUCCACAUACAGCACCCAUAUUCAGAGUUGUCAGCCAAAAAGAGUAAUGUUAUUCCCUUAGGUAUACUAGAAAAAGAUGAAAACAUAACAGAGCAGAUGAUACAAGUGGUUGAGCAUCUUCAGCAAUAUGUACCAAGAACAAAAGAUGGUAAAAUGAUGCCUAUUUUACUUGGUGGUGACGCUCUUAGUGUUGAGAGGGGAGAGGCAGCCAGUCGUGCAAGGCUUGAUGCUAUCACAGCUGAAGAUAGGUUGGAUGGCUUUAUUUGGAAAAGUGAGGAUUGGCACGGGCAUGUUAUAUCUUUACAGGAAUCAUACAACCUUUUGUAUAAAGGAUCUUCAUCAGGUGAAAAGGGAACUCUGUUUCAGCUGAGGAAUCAGUUCGACAGACGUGGCGUUAAUUCAGAGGUGAAGAAUGCGGUCAAUGAUUGCCGUGAGUUUUUAAGGUUUGUAACCAAAGGUCACAUUCUGUUAGCAGCAAUGCAGAUUCUUGGGCUAACAUCAUUAGAUGACUUUGAGAGGAAAGUUGGAAAAGACGAUAUAGAAAAGAAAUCUUUUCUGGAUAAGCUUGCCAAUGACAUUGUUACCCAGUUUGUUGCAACCAAAGAGUUUAAGUUUGAUCAGCUUGGAAAAGAUCAGCAGGAAAAUGACAACAGAAUAAAAUGUGGAUACCCUGGCUGUCCAAAAACAUUUGCCAUAGAUGGAAGGUGCCGACAAAAGCACAGAGAUACCUGCCAGUAUAAACAUUUUCAACAUCUGUCCGAAGGAAUUCCUGCUGGCAACACAAGUUCCAGUAAUUCAGAUACCACAAACUCCAGCUCAAAAAAGGAGGAUUUUAAGUUCAAUUAUGCCUGUAAUGUUUUAAGAGAGGGCUUGAUGGACUGGAAUCGAGACGAUGCUUCCAAGGAGAACGAUGGAGAUCGCCUUAUAAGAAUGUGGAGGUUUGACAUGCUAAAAUUUUCCAUGACAAAUCAUACAAAGUACUGUCAGCUAGCUUUCAAACUGCAGGCACAACUAAUGGCCCUACUUCCUCCAAGACUAGCUUUUGAGAUGAAGCACAAUAGAUCUGUUAGUAUUCAUGGUACUCAAGGUGGAAACGUUCCUGGUGACCAAGCCCUGGAGUUCAUGAAUAUGCGUGCUAAAGAUGCACUAGACUCUUUGCACGGAAAUAUGACAUCAUCGUCUAUUCAACGUAUUGGUCGUAGUUUGCAGGGAUGCAACCACAUCUUAGAUUGCUAUUCUAAAGGACUAGACCAGUACUUUGGAAAACCAUCCAACUGGAAGCCAUCACUUAAGAAGGACAUUGAUAUGUUUGUUAACCAGUUGAAAGACGAAAAUCUGUUUGACAGAAAUCCUGGUCGCUACUUUCGCUCGUUUGACAACAUUGAAUUUGAAACUUUAGGCAAGUUGAAUGGAAACAAGUUGUAUAAGUGGUUGACUGGAAAGAAGGAGCAGUAUGCCAUCAUUCAGAGAACAAGGUCUUAUACUGUUUAAACUGAACCAGGACUUUUCCCUAGUGCAAUAGUUGUGAUUUUUUGGGUUUUGUUAUAUGUUAACAUGAGUUAGUGCAAAUAAAUAUUGUGAUUACUUGAAUUUUUUUUGUGAUGAAAUGAGUUAGUGCAAUGCAUUAUUGUGAUUUCUUGGGUUUUGUUAUAUGUUAAUAUGAGUCAGUGCAAAUAAAUAUUGUGAUUACUUGAAUUUUUUUUGUGAUGAAAUGAGUUAGUGCAAUGCAUUAUUGUGAUUUCUUGGGUUUUGUUAUAUGUUAACAUGAGUCAGUGCAAAUAAAUAUUGUGAUUACUUGAAUUUUUUUUGUGAUGAAAUGAGUUAGUGCAAUGCAUUAUUGUGAUUUCUUGGGUUUUGUUAUAUGUUAACAUGAGUCAGUGCAAAUAAAUAUUGUGAUUACUUGAAUUUUUUUUGUGAUGAAAUGAGUUAGUGCAAUGCAUUAUUGUGAUUUCUUGGGUUUUGUUAUAUGUUAAUAGGAGUCAGUGCAAAUAAAUAUUGUGAUUACUUGAAUUUUUUUUGUGAUGAAAUGAGUUAGUGCAAUGCAAUAUUGUGAUUCUGGAUUUUGUUUCAAGUGAUCAUGACUUGGUGCAAUGCAAUAUUGAUCAUUGUUUUUUAUUACAGCAAAAAUGAGUUAGUGCAAUGCAAUACAGUGAUUCUUUGUUUUUUUAUGUCAACAUGAUUUAGUGAAAUGCAAUAUUGAUCUAAAGUAAGCAUGAGUUAGUGCAUAUCAAUACUAUAUUGUUAUUAUUUGAAUUUUUUAAGUGUUAAGAUGAGUAAGCGAAAUGCAAUAUUGGUUAAUAUUUUUGUUUAGUGUUAAAAUUAGUUAGUGCAAAUCUAUAUUGUGAUUAUUGAUUUUGUUAAGUGUUGAAAUGAGUUAGUGCAAAUCAAUAUUGUGAUUAAUAUUCUUGAUUUUGUUUCAAGUGAUCAUGACUUGGUGCAAUGCAAUAUUGAUAAUUGUUUUUUGUUAUUGUAUAAAUGAGUAUAGUGAACAUCAAUAUUGUGAUUUGUGAUUUUGUUUUAGUAUUAAAAUUAGUAAGUGCAAUGCAAUAUUGAUUUAUCUUUUUGUUUUAAUAAACAGGAGUUCUGAAUUUGUUUGAAGGUAAUAUGAGGUUUUGCAAUGUAAGAAAAGUUGUUAAUAAUUUUGUUUGCCGUCUAUCUUUUUAUGUGUAUAGUGCAAUGGUGGUUCAGUUUCUGUUAGAUACGAAUUUGAACUGUAGCGUUUUCUUCUGGUUGAUUGUUCAACUAUAUAAUUUUUUGAUAGUAAUAAGUAAAGCCAGCAUAAGAUCAUCAUUAAUUAAUGCAUGAUAUAUUAUAAAUGUUGUAUUAUUAUAUGUUCAUAAUCUGAUACCGUCCAUGCAUGUAUGUAAAUAUUAUCUAUUUGUUUUGCCCAGUUAUC